AUGGACAGCGAUGAUUCGAGACCGGGUUCGUCGGCUUCGAACAGCUCGGAUUCAGAGCAGAUCGCUAGUCCUGCCGCCAAGGAGCAGGAAGUUGAGCAUUCGGAUGGUUCCGGUUCUCCUUCGCGUUCACCAUCGCCCGCUUCGCUCGGAGGCGAUGGAGAGGACGGUGUGCGCGAAACCGGUCGACAGUCUCGGUCGCGAUCGCGCUCCCAGUCACGUUCCAAUUCGCCCGGCAGCUUGAAUUACGAGGCCGGAAAACAUGAUUCAUUGUCCAGUCCGCCGAAAACGUUCGAUGCGGUUAACUCUCCCGCUGGUCUUUCUUCGAACUAUAACCCUCGAUCGCAUCCUUCCUCGCCGGGGAUGUAUGCAGGCGUCCGGAGUCCGAGCGCUAAAUCACUAUCACCGGAUGGUGGCAGCAGCCAACAUCAUGCCGACCGGUACGAUCGAUCACGGUCGCUCUCGAAGGAAUCGAACCAUUCGGACAACAGCUCGAGCAAAGCCGGUAGCCAUCAUCGGCGCGGCAGCCUUAGCAGUUCGAACCGCCAGCACCGGUCACUGUCCCGCAAUUCGAGCACAUCGAACCUGAGUGAAAAAUUAAAAGGCGAAGAAAUUUCCGACUGUGAAAUGGAAUCGGAUCGCGAAGAUAAAGCACCCGCCUCGCCGGAUGCGCUGGAACACCGGGCGGAUGGGACGGGACCUGUCGGUACCGGUCCUGCGGCCAAGAAUAACGCACUCAAUAUGAGCCACGAAGAUUUGAGCGACGUAAGCCUCGAGAGUGACAACGAACCCGAACCGGAGGAGGAAGACGAGCGGGACAGUGAGGUGGAGAGCGUAAAUCGGCACGGUCGUGACGGUGCGCUCGACGAGGACGAAGAGGAGGAAGAUGAUGAACACAGUCGCGACCCGGCAGCCUCUAACGCAUCGGCGUUGGAGCGAGAUGACAGCGAAACGGGUGAACUGGAGCGACCGAAAAUUACCGACCUACGUCAGAAGCUCGAAGAGCGAAAGACUCGUAACUUGGAGGUGGAAAAGCACACAAUUAAUGGUGGAUCGAACGGAGCCGGGCUGCGGAAUCACGAUAAACUACUCGACGGUAACCUGAUGGACAGUAAGAACGAUGAGGAUGCGCUCGAUUUCGAAGCGGAAGAGGGCGAAUGUAACGAGGCGCCGAAGGAGACGGAAAAGGCGGAAGAUGCACAGGAGAAGGGUAUAAAGGAGGAGCCCAAGUCGACCAAGGAGGGUUCGGCGGGUGAUGAUGAUGAUGAGCUGGAGGAAGGGGAAGAACUAGAGGAAGGCGAGGUGACGGAUGAGGAUGAGAAGCGGCCGGAAGAAUCGGAACCGAAACCAAUCUGCCGGUUCUAUACGCGCGGCCAGUGUACCUGGGGCAUGAGCUGUCGCUUUCUGCACCCGGGCGUGACCGAUAAGGGUAACUACACGAUGUUCGACAUGGUGCGUCCUGUGCCGGUAACGCACGCACCACCCGGAUACAGUGCGCAUCCGGCACCGUUGUACGCAUCCGACUAUCGACACGAACGGGCCGCGGCUUUGCACCAUCUGGCGGCGUCACAUCAUCCGGUUGCGGUGGUUGCACCGUACCCAGCAACGGUAGGUUUGGCACCACUAUCGCGUCCCGUCGAGUCAGUCGCUACCGAAAGCGCCUGGGAGCGUGGUUUGCGCAACGCAAAGGAAAUGAUGCGCAAGGCAAACAAACGUAAAGAACAGGACAUUGAUUUUGAUGAUAAAAAGAUGAACCUUUCACUAUCACAGGAUGAGCUUGAGAAGGAUAACUACUACACGCGCGAUCGAGCAUCUCCUCCGCCAUCCCCACCAUACGCUGGACGACCACCGGCAGCAGUUCCGCCCGGUUAUGAUUAUCCAGCACCGGCCUCAAAGUUCCCCCGCGGUGGUGGUGGUAUUCCGCCCUUCGAGGAGGAUGCGUUUGGACGUACACACCGCUAUCGGGAGCUACCGUCGCACCGUAUGCCACAGUACGAGGAUGAGGAUCUAUCGAAGCGACGCCACCCGCGAGUUACCCGCGAAGUGAUCCUGCAGCGAGCUGACGAUUGGAACGAUCCCUGGAUGCGUUCGAAAUCGCCCGGUCGGGAUAAGCGAGGUGCUCGGCGUGGCGCCGAACGGCGUAGCUAUAGCCACAGCUCCUCUUACAGCAGCUCCAGCAGUAGCUCCCGCUCGGGGUCGAGUUCGGAUUCGAGUCGUUCCCCCAGUCCAACCACGAACAGGCGCAAUCGCUACGAUAGCCAUCGGUCGAAGGAGAGCGAACGUCAUGCGGUUACCACUCAUGUGCGUAAGAUGAUACGCACACGUUCACCAAGCGCUAGUCCACGACGUGGUCGCAAAGGAUCUCCCGUACCGAUUAAGCGAAUGGACAAACGUGUUCCAUCACCAGCGGUGGAGAAGCGUAUGGUAGAGAAAGUUGUAGCAGCAAAGCGAAAAAUGUCACCCCCGAUGCACAAAGCAGCCGCAACAAAACACCGACGCGCGUCGAGUUCAUCCGGCUCCGGUUCGUCCGAUUCGAGUGAUUCCGGUUCGGAAAGUUCGUACUCCUCCAGCUCGUCGAGUUCGUCCCGAGGCAAGGGAAGACCGGCAAAGGUCCGGGCGUCCGAAAAGUCCACCAAAUCAUCGGGCAUGGGAAAGAAGGAUUCAAAGAAGAACAGCGAUGGCAAGGGUGGAGCACAGGUUAUUCCACCGUCGAGUGCGGCCAUGGAGAAGGCGAAUGCGGCCGCAUCGAAGAAAUCAUCACGCCGGGAAGAGCUGCUCAAGCAGCUGCGUGCCGUAGAGGAAGCAAUCGCUCGAAAGCGCACGAAAAUAUCUUAA